AUGGCAUUUGGAGGAUUGAUUGCCUUUGGCAUUGGACACAUGGAUGGGAUAGGCGGAUACCUUGCAUGGCGGUGGAUCUUCAUCAUCGAGGGAAUCUUCACGGUGGUUAUUGCUCUUGGGGUCAUAGUCUUGAUGCCAAAUUGGCCAGACAAGGCUAAACACCUCAACGACGAAGAAAGAAGGGUUCUCCUCAACAAAUUGUCGAGGGAUCAGAAAGAGUACGUGGAGGAAAAAACAUCCUGGGCAGUUAUUUGGGAUUGUGUUAAGGAUAUCAAGCUAUAUUGCAGUGCCCUGAUAUACUUUGGAUGUGCUGUGACAAGCAGUGCCUCGGCCUACUUCUUCCCGAGUAUUCUAGUCGAUCUUGGCUGGACAGCAUUAAAGGCACAGUAUAUGUUGAUUCCGAUAAGCAUGGCCGGUCUCGUGACGACAGUCUCGAUCGGUUUCCUAUCUGAUCAUACUCGUCACCGAUACGGCUUCGCAGUGGGACCUCUUUUUCUCGUGGUCAUCGGAUACAUCUUGUUAUUGAUACCACAUGACCAAAUCCAAGUGGGGGUGAGAUAUUUUGCUUUGUAUCUCUUGACGUGUGGAGUUUUUGCGGCGACCACCAUCUCCAUGACUUGGAUGAACAACAACAUUGUUGGCGCCAAAAGGCGAGGGAUUUCAAUUGGGAUUAUGCUCGGUUUUGGAAAUUGUGGCAGCAUCCUGGGGUCCAAUAUAUUCCUGACUCGACAGGCGCCGGUCUAUCGAAUUGGAUUUGGUGUUGCUUUAGGGGCGACUGUUUUGGCCCAGAUUACUGCAACCAUUUUGUUUGUAUAUGUUUGGUGGGAGAACAAGCAGAAAGCCACGGGUAAGAGAGACCAUCUGCUGACUCUUUCCAACGAUCAACAAAAUGCGCUGGCCGAUAAGCAUCCAAAUUAUCGAUACACGUACUGA